AUGGAGGAGAAAUUUUGGAGGGACAAGUUCAAAGUUAAAUGGCCCUUAGAGAGUGAUAGAAAUACUACGUUCUUUCAUCGCAUCUCUAAGAUCAAGCAAAAGUUCAGACCGAUUUCUAUGCUCAUGAAUGGAGAUGCGGACUUUAAAAUGGUGGAGGACACAAUUCCGUCGAUUGUGGAUUAUACAACUAAUCAUAUUCUAACAUCCAUUUCCUCUUUAGAUGAAAUUUCUACUGCGGUUUUCAAUCUCAAUAAAAGUAGUGCCUUUGGUCCAUAUGGCUUCGGUGCGGUUUUCUUUCAAACAUAUUGGGAUAUUAUCAAACAUGACGUGUCAAAUGCAGUUCUUCAAUACUGGUUGGGUGCUGCCUAG